GUUGCGACCGUGAGUCGAUAUAAUAUCUGAAUUUUAGCUCUGGUUAUGAUUCAAUUCUCUUCAUUUCAACUAAGGAUAUUCCCAAACCCCCACUUUCCACGAAUCUUAUUAGUCUUGACAGUAUAAAUUCAACAUGAUUAGUUUUCCAAAGUACUAUGUAGUCAUAGGUGCCGGUCCAGGUAUCGGGUACGAAUUCACACGGCAGUUGCUCUUGGCACAUCCCCAAAGCAUCGUCUUCGCAACUUAUAGAUCUUUUGAAACUCUACAGGCCUUGUAUGAUCUCGCCAAGGUGCUCAAGGAUUCGUCUAGAUUACGGAUAUUGAAGUGUGAUUUCACGAAUGAGCGAACUAUCAAAGAUCUUUGUAAUAUACCUCAGUUGGUGGGAGAGAUUAUCGAAGCAGUAAUUAUUAAUGAUGAAGGCAUGGAUUGGGGUACAGUGGUUGAAGGGACCUCUCAAUCUUACUAUCACCACUUUCAAAACAAUACAUUUGGGCCACUUCUUGCCGCCAAAUACCUUCUUCUCAUACCCAGUGUUCGAAUCUCCAACAUCGCAUUCAUUUCCGACAGUUGUGGGUCCGCUAGCGCCCAAUCAUUCAUAUGGGGCUUAGCCGCAUAUUCUGCUUCUAAAGCUGCGCUGAAUAUGGGUUUACGUCAUCUAGCCGUCGAAACACACAAAGAACUGGGCCCCGAAGCUCCGGUUAUAUUGGCUCUCCAUACAGCUGAAAUAGGCGCUGACUUGGGACCUAAUCCCGCGGAGUUGACAGAGGCGCAAAUAAGCGUUAGAGGAUGUUUGAAGAUCAUAAGGGAAAAGGGAAAAUAUGGAAUUGAUGAGGGUGGGAAAUCGACUGCUUGGGCGAUGGGAGUGAUAGAAGAUCCAGAAGCAGCGACAUUGUGGACUUGGAAUGGGCUGAGACAUCCAUGGUAAGCAGCUUCUGUGGAUUAUUCUUGGAAAUCAGAUUUGUGUACUGAAUGGGCUGUGUUUAUUUUUUCUGGGGUGCGCCUCGAUAUUAUUACAAUAGGGUGAAUCAUAAAAUAGCUUAGAUAGGGUGUGCGAGUUGGAGUCGAGCAACGAGUGUGGACUGUAUAAGAUUUAUUACAGAACAAUGGAUAUCACAUACAUGGAUGAAUUCAUGGCUCUA